CUUUUGUGUAACAUUAAUUCAAGAAUUGCCCUUAUUAGUCACUGAACAACCUGGGGAAUCGCUCAAAAGACCGUGCGUUAACAUUGGUAUGCUUUUUGCUGCUAAGGUUUUAGAAGACCCAUCGUCUUUUAAGCAGGAAUAUCUUACAGAUAUUCAUUUUAUCAUGAUCCCUGUAUCUCCCAUUCCAGCAGUGAUCAGUUUGAAUUGCUUUGAAAAGAAACUUUUGAAAUAAGAUGUCAUUACGUAACUUCAAUGAAACAACUCGAACACCUGUGCAAACUUUUUUUUCUUUUAUUCUGUAAGAAAUCUCUAAAAUUUAAUGACAUUUCCUGCAACUAUAGAGAAGGCUGAAUGAAAUAUGAACAGGCGCUUUUUCAACUACAUUUCUCACCAGCCCUUUUCAUUUUUGCGAAAGUGUUUUUCCUAGUGAUUUGUACAACGUCAACGUCCGUGAGACAACCAGAAACUGUGAAGAGCAAACCGGCCUGAAAUCCACCAGAGCUUCACACGUUUUCUUCUUCAUUUGAGCCUCAAGGCUCACACAGCCAGAUAUGUCUCUUCACCUCUGAAAAUCGUUAAACAGCCUCCCCACAGCGACAUACAAGUCAAAGGCACAGGUGUCAGGGCCAGAGUGUGAAAGGCACCCAGCGAACUCUUUUCCCCCUGCGAAGCAACACCUGCCUCCGGCUCUCUGUACGCGAAGAGCUUAAGCGGGAACCAGCGAGGCCAGCGGAGACUACAAUUCCCGGCAGGCGUAACGGGAGCGGGGUCACGCACGCGCAGUUCAGACCUUCGGCACGAAGGCCCGAGGCGGGGCUUCUAGGAGAGGAAAAUGGCAGCACGCUGGUUGCGGCUUGACGUCGGCCGGCUGUUUGCGGUGGGGGCAGAGCUGGGGAGCGGCAGACGAGCUUACAGCACGUCCCAGGCCUUCGCGGAGGUUCUACGGCUGCCCAGCAAGCAACUGACGAAGCUCGUGUUCCCACUGCAAGAACUCGAGCGGCAUUUCGUCCCGGGCUCGAGGCCCGACCUUCACCUGAAGAUCUUCGACCCGAGCCUGGAUGACAUCGCGAGGGCGGAGAGCGUCUUCACGGCCUCCUCGCGGAACCGCAUCGAGUACCUCAGCUCCGCAGUGCGUCUCGACCACGCCCCGGACCUCCGCCGUCCUGAGGUGUGUUUUAUAGGCAGAAGCAAUGUUGGAAAAUCCUCUCUAAUAAAGGCUUUAUUUUCACUUGCCCCAGAGGUUGAAGUUAGAGUCUCCAAAAAACCGGGCCACACAAAGAAAAUGAAUUUUUUCAAAGUUGGAAAAUAUUUUACAUUGGUGGACAUGCCAGGUUAUGGCUAUAGAGCACCUGAAGAUUUUGUUGACAUGGUAGAAACCUAUCUAAAAGAACGAAAGAAUUUGAUGAGAACAUUUUUGUUAGUGGAUAGUGUUGUUGGAAUUCAAAAAACUGACAACAUUGCCAUAGAAAUGUGUGAAGAAUUUGCAUUACCUUAUGUGAUGGUAUUGACAAAAAUUGACAAAUCUUCCAAGGGACAUCUUUUAAAACAAGUCCUUCAGAUCCAGAAAUUUGUUGACACUAAAACACAAGGAUGUUUUCCUCAGUUGUUUCCUGUAAGAUUCUUGCUGAAUCUUCCCUGUAGUAUCUUCAUGAUCUUUCUACCUCAGCCUAUUUCAACCCUAGACCACAGUAGAAGUGAAAACGUUUUACUUUUUAAAUCACCUAAACAACAGCCAUAAUAAAGAUACUACCAUCUCCUUCUCAAUUCUAAAGAAAAACAACUCAUCUUUAUGGUAGAAAGCUCAUUCAGGCUGUGAAGGAUAAGAAUUUUCCUUUUAAAGGACGAUGUGCAAAGAAGAAAUGCUUUGUAUAAGUUAGAAUUAAGCAUCAGUAGCAGACAGGAUGGUUAUUUCCUGAGCAGCAAUUUUUGAGAUAUUAGAUGUGGUUUAGCAAUGAAACAUGAGUUUGUCUUUUCAGUGUACAGUUUGGGUACAGUAAGUAACCUAUAUACUAGCAAAAAUGCAGUGCCAUUUCCCUGUGAUUUUCUGACUCUAACUUCUUUGAGGCACUAUGAUAGUUUCUAUGAGAAAAUAAUGAAACCAAGUAGCACUUAGUUGUAUAUGAAACUGUCCUCUAAGCAGUCAUUCUUCUUCCUACAAAUCCAGAUCACAAUUAAAUUGUUUGUAAUUAAGAACAUGCCAGUCUAAAUCCAUCUUCAUUCUUUCCUACAAAAUGCUUUUCCCCCUUGUCUUACAUUCAAGUAUUUAUCCUGUUCAUUUGUCUGUGUCCCAUAUAUACAGUGGAAUCUCCUAGGGGCAGGAAUGAAAUCCUAAUUCUUCUUAGAGCCCUGAGCAUUGUCAUAGAAAUAUAUCUGUUUCUUUUAAACAUUUAAUAAGAAGGAAGUGAGACUUCAUCUAAAAAGGCAAAACAAACAUAAGAUGGGCAAAUUAUGGCCUAACAGCAGCAUUUAUUGAAAAAAAAUGUUUUAGUUGACUGUAAGCUGAGUUUAAUAGUAUAAUGGGACUGGGGAAAAAUUGACAGUGUUUUCUUGAGCUACAUUAGUAGAAUUAUAGUGUUCAAAACAAGGGAAUGAUCAAACAGUAGUCUCACACUGCUAUAAGCUGUAUGCUACCAGAUCAAUUGAGCUAGAUUGUGGCUUGACAUUAAGAACAACUAGAGCUAUCUGAAAACAGAUGGUCUUGGGGGGAGGUUAUGUCACUAGAUCAUUCAAAACACUUAAUUGAUCCACAAAGUAAGCAUCCCUGUUUCACAGAUACGAUUACAAGUCGGAGAAGUGAAGUAAGUUACAGAGAGGUAUUUGCUGAAAUAGAAAGAGCAUGAAAAAAAAAAAGCAUGGACCUCAGGGUCAGAUAGCCAUGGUUUUGCAUGGUUCCUCUACUUCUUGGCAGUAGCUUUUAAGCAACUUAUUUCAUUUUCUGAGUAAAAAAAUAUGACAGUUAGAAGGAUUAAAUAAAAUGCAUUGUGACUGAUGGACACACAUUAGCCACAUAAUAAAUGUUAGUUUCUUUCCUUCCCAAAGGUCAGUCAGUCAGUGAAUGGCAGGGUUAGGCCAACAACCCAAACUAUCAGAUUCUCAGUACUUUUUAGAGGCAUACCCUUCUUUAGAUGUGCCAGCAUUUUCUGCUGCAUGACCUUGGAAUCACUGUGCCACUGUAUCACUAAGUGACUGAGGCACUGCAGAAGCCACACAGCACUCAAAGUCUUAAGAAUUGAGACACACGCAGGAGGCUGCUGGCUUUCAAGAACUUCAACAUUCACCAUACCACAGUGACAACAUACAGGAAGUUGUCAGGUUGUACUCUGUAGUUCUCAAAACCCAAUUCAGAAAGUAGAGUUGUUUAUACUGCUUGCUUUUAUUUGCUUGACCAAGUCCCAGUACAUCCCUCGAAAAGAGAAUUUGGCCUACUCACAGAAUAAUUAUUAUAAAGUAAGUCAGGUUUUAUUUCCUUGUCUUCCUGUAUGAUCUUGGUAGGAGAAAGGUGGAAGUGUGGGUAGACAUGUAGUCCAACAGGGUUUGGCCUUUAAGCCUGUUGGCAAAAGUUAAGUGCUAACCUUCAUGUCUGAACUCUGCCCCAGCUGAGAAGAGAAAUAAAAUUGGUGAAAGACCCCUAAAGAUUGA